AUGGGUAAUAAUUCGUCAUCGUCGUCAUCGAGUGGUACAAUGUCAAACGCAAGUCAAGCUCAUAUAGAUGCUCAAGUUAGUUCGUAUCUUGAAAAUGCUAAGCAAGAAUUUGACGCAAAAUAUGCUCAACCAGCUAAACAAACAGCUAAAUUAGAUGAAUUUAAUUUACAACGUACUGUUGGUACGGGCUCAUUUGGUCGUGUUAUGAUUGCACAACAUAGUAAUCAAACAUUAGCAUUAAAAAUAAUGGAAAAACAAACGAUUGUUAAAUUAAAACAAGUCGAACACACAUUAUCUGAAAAACAUAAUUCACAUCUUUAUAUAGCAUUAGAAUUUGCUAGUGGGGGCGAAAUGUUUACACAUCUUCGAACCGUUGGAAAAUAUUCUGAAGAUCAAACACGUUUUUAUGCUGCUCAAGUUGCAUUAGCAUUUGAAUAUUUACAUUAUUUGAGUAUUAUUUAUCGAGAUUUAAAACCUGAAAAUAUUUUAUUUGCUGCUGAUGGUUAUUUAAAAAUAACUGAUUUUGGUUUUGCUAAACUUGUUCGCGAUCGUACAUAUACAUUAUGUGGAACACCUGAAUAUAUUGCUCCGGAAAUAAUUCUAUCGCGUGGUUAUAAUAAAAGUGUUGAUUAUUGGGCAUUAGGAAUAUUAAUAUUUGAAAUGGCUGCUGGCUAUCCACCAUUUUAUGCUGAUCAACCAAUACAAAUCUAUGAAAAAAUAGUUCAAGGAAAAUUUAAAUUUCCAUCACAUUUUUCAUCUGAUCUUAAAGAUUUAGUUCGUAAUUUAUUACAAGCUGAUUUAACAAAACGUUAUGGAAAUUUAAAAAAUGGUACAAGAGAUAUUAAAUAUCAUAAAUGGUUUACAGCUAUUAAUUGGAUUGCUAUAUUUGAAAAACGUGUUAAAGCACAACAUAUACCAAAACCAGAUAAAGAUCAUUAUGAAAAAUAUGAUGAAAAACCUAUGACACAUUCUACAACAGAACUUUAUCCAGCUGAAUUUGACAGUUUCUAA